ACCGAAAACUUCGCGUCUGGUUUGUGUGGCUGCAUACUCACAGUGCUAUCCUAUAUUGUCAUUAUUCUAACAUUACCGUUCUCGUUAUUCUUUUGUAUAGAGAUGGUUCAAGAGUACGAAAGAGCUGUCAUAUUUCGACUGGGACGAAUACUGAGUGGUGGUGCCCGCGGACCGGGUAAGUAUUGCCUUGAAUUUCCUUAUGUCUCAUAUCGAGCGCCAUUAGGCGAACCGAUAAAAUUGGAUUGCUAA